GUUACAAGGACUGUGAAAGACUCCACACCUCAACUGUAUUUCUCCCAUUUUUCUAGUGAGAGAAUAUUCUAGGAAGAGAAAACCCACCACCUCCACCACCACCGCAUCCGCCGCCGGCCGACAAUCUAUCUUCUUUCUUUCAACCUUCUUCUCUCAUCUCUAACACACAGACUUCUGGUAAACCCUAACUCACUCUGAACGCAAAUCUGUUCAGAUUUCAUUCUGUGUAUGCACAUUCACGGUUUUCGAUGUAGUUCGUCGUCGUUUCAUGUAGAUUUCGUAGUUUCAACUAUGCGGAAAAAGACGGAGUAGAUUUGGUUUGGCUUUGAGAUUUUCCUUUUUGCACAGAUAUCUAUGCAUAUCUAAUCCUCUCACUUUUACCUAUCUCUGGAUCGACAGCGUUUUCACGUCGUCGGACUUUUUCGUUUUUGUUUUUGUAUCGAACUCGAAUCGCUUUUGGAUAAUAAUUGUUUAAUGUAGUUAGUUGAAGCUUCGGUGAGUUGGAUUAUUUCGACGUAUUUUCGUUACUGCGAAGUGUGAGGUAAAAAUUGAUGAAUCUAUGAAGAAAUUAAACUGGUUUAAGCAAAUUUCGAACAAUGGGAAGCUGGAGAGGAGGCUUUCUCUCGGUGAGUAUAAGAGAGCAGUGUCGUGGUCGAAGUAUUUGGUAUCAUCUGGAGGUGAGAUUAAAGCAAAAGGGGAAGAAGAGGAAGAAGAAGAAGAGGAAGGAUUAGAAUGGAGUGCUGAUAUGUCACAACUCUUCAUCGGUAAUAAAUUCGCUACAGGGAGGCACAGUAGGGUUUACAGAGGGGUUUAUAAACAGAAAGAUGUCGCUAUUAAGCUUGUUAGUCAGCCUGAAGAAGAUGGCGAUUUGGCCUCUAUGUUGGAAAGACAGUUCACUUCUGAGGUCGUCUUGCUUUUUCGUCUUCAACAUCCCAACAUCAUCACUUUGAUUGCAGCUUGUAAGAAGCCUCCUGUAUUUUGCAUAAUCACGGAGUACUUAUCAGGUGGUUCACUAAGGGCAUAUCUCCAUCAACAAGAACCAUAUUCAGUGCCUCCAAAUCUAGUUCUAAAGUUAGCCCUUGAUAUUGCAUGUGGUAUGCAAUACCUUCAUUCUCAAGGCAUACUCCAUAGGGAUCUCAAAUCUGAAAAUCUAUUGCUCGAUGAAGAUAUGUCUGUAAAAGUAGCAGAUUUUGGCAUCUCUUGUUUAGAAUCCCAAUGUGGGAGUGCAAAAGGGUUCACUGGGACAUACCGUUGGAUGGCUCCGGAAAUGAUUAAAGAAAAAAAACACACAAAGAAAAUCGAUGUUUACAGUUUUGCAAUUGUUCUGUGGGAGCUUAUAACCGCAUUGACACCCUUCGAUGACAUGACUCCUGAACAGGCUGCAUUUGCUGUCUGUCAGAAGAAUGCACGACCUCCGUUGCCCGAGUCAUGUCCAAGCGCGUUUGGUGAAUUGAUUAAGCGGUGUUGGUCAGGCAACCCAAAGAAAAGGCCGGGAUUUAAUGAAAUAGUGAGGAUUCUUGAAAGAUACGCUUCGUGUGUGGAAAAAGAUCCUGAUUUCUUGACAUCAUAUGAACCUGGUGAUGGUAGUUUACUCGGGUGUUUGGGUCCCCGUAAAAGUAAAACUACUACUGUAUAAGUAUUACGGGAAUUAAUCAUGGAUUAUGCCAAAGUGUAUGAUCUGGUUGUGUUCCCUGUUGUUCAAUGAUUAUGAUUAUGAUUAUAAAUACAAUACUUGGAUCUUGGGAUUGUUAUUGGUAUUGGCUUCCCCCCUAUUGUAAUUUGUGUGGGGAUUUAGAUAGAAUAUACAUUCUGUUUAUAUAAGACCAAUUUAUGACAUGUUUAUGUUUAUGUU